CCUUUAUUCAUUAUCAGAACAUUUUAAAAACAAUCCUAUACAUACGAGUUGUCGGACUGAGUGAUAGUAAAGGUUCUUACCUGUAGUACCGGUGGUCUUGUUGCCACGGUGACGGAGUGGAUCUGAAGCUAUGUUAGGCUUAGCUUAGCUUAGCAUCCUCUAGCUGUUGCUAAGCUACCGCGUAGCUAAAGGUGAAGCUGGAUUUUUCUCCAUAGAUAUCUACUGUAGUUGACAUAUUAAAUGAUGGAUAUCCGCGGGGCUGUGGAUGCUGCAGUCCCCACCAACAUCAUCGCUGCAAAGGCAGCUGAGGUGCGGGCCAACCUGGUCAACUGGCAGUCCUACCUUCAGAGUCAGAUGAUCUCGACAGAGGACUGUGAAUUCAUCAAGAAAUUUGAGGUGGCCAACACUGAGGAGAAACAGGUCAUUCUGACCAAUGAAGGACAUCAGUGUGCAAAGACCUUUCUGAACCUGAUGGCCCACAUCUCCAAGGAACAGACAGUCCAGUACAUCCUGACUCUGAUUGAUGACACUCUGCAGGAGAACCAUCAGCGGGUCAGCAUCUUCUUUGACUACGCCAAGAAGACGAAGAACACCGCCUGGUCCUACUUCCUUCCCAUGCUGAACCGUCAGGACCUUUUUACUGUCCACAUGGCGGCGAGGAUCAUCGCUAAGCUGGCUGCCUGGGGCCGUGAUCUGAUGGAGGGAAGUGAUCUGAACUACUACUUCAACUGGAUCAAAAGCCAACUCAGUUCACAGAACCUGCAUGGUACAGGUCCAGAAUCAGUCUCAGGAGCAGGAACUAUUUCCCCCAGUGAAAGCUCUCAGUACGUCCAGUGUGUUGCUGGGUGCCUUCAGCUGAUGCUGAGGGUCAAUGAGUAUAGGUUUGCCUGGGUGGAGGCUGAUGGAGUCAACUGCAUCACAGCGGUGCUGAGCAACAAGUGUGGCUUCCAGCUCCAGUACCAGAUGAUCUUCUGUGUUUGGCUCCUGGCCUUCAGUCCUCAGCUCUGUGAGCAGUUGAGGCGCUACAACGUGGUGCCAGCCCUGUCCGACAUCCUCCAGGAGUCUGUCAAGGAGAAGGUCACUCGAAUCAUUCUGGCUGCCUUCAGGAAUCUUCUGGAGAAGUCAGCAGAGAAGGAGACUCGUCAGGAGUACGCCCUGGCCAUGAUUCAGUGCAAAGUGCUGAAGCAACUCGAGAACCUCGAGCAGCAGAAGUAUGACGACGAGGACAUCACCGAGGACAUUAAGUUCCUGCUGGAGAGGCUGGGAGAGAGCGUGCAAGAUCUCAGCUCAUUUGAUGAGUACAGCUCUGAACUCAAGUCCGGCCGCCUGGAAUGGAGUCCUGUUCACAAGUCUGAGAAGUUCUGGCGUGAGAACGCCGUCCGCCUGAAUGAAAAGAACUACGAGCUCCUCAAGAUCUUGACAAGGCUGUUGGAGGUGUCUGAUGAUCCUCAAGUCAUAGCGGUGGCAGCUCACGACAUCGGCGAGUACGUGCGGCAUUACCCGCGUGGCAAACGGGUGAUUGAGCAGCUGGGUGGAAAACAGCUGGUGAUGAAUCACAUGCACCACGAGGACCAGCUCGUCCGGUACAACGCGCUGCUGGCCGUGCAGAAGCUCAUGGUCCACAACUGGGAGUACCUGGGAAGACAGCUCCAGUCCUCUGAUCAGCAGCAGGCUCCGGUCGUGGCCGCCCGAAGCUGAACUGUUCCUGUGUGUUUGUGUGUCACUACUGUGUGGAUGAGCGCAUCCUGUAUGUACAUUGUUCUUUGCCAUUUUAAUAAUCAGCUGUUCAUUUUGUGUAAUGACUUGAAAUCCAAACGGUCAAUCUGCACCCCUAAAUGAACCUCGAUGUUACCUGAUUUGACUGUCGUGCUUGGUGUCGUGCCCUCUCCGCUAAAGUGAUGUGUGGUGAUUUGAAGUCGCACUUAAUGUCUGUGAUAAUGUACAAAACUGCAACUUAUUUAAGUCUUAAAAAAAUGUAUGUAUCCAAAUAAAGAUGCUUCUCUAUGGUG